CGGUGUUUAGAGCUGUGUUUUGAUAGCCACGUGAGUAUGUAGCAGCCAAACUCUAUAUGUGUAGGCCUAAAGCUUUUUGACGGAGUGCAGUGGUUGUAGAUCCAGUGUUUGUCUUUACAUUCUGUUUAUAGGUGAAAAUUAAUCUGGCAGUACACGAAAAAAUACAUGACCUGUUCGUCGGAACACCGGAUGCUGGAGAUGAUGUAAGAUAAUAAGGUCACACCUUCUCCCCACUGUCCUGAGGUCAAGAUGCCGGGUAUAGAGAAAUUACUUCUCGGAAUAUUACGUUACCGAGUCAACACGAGAUGGAAGCUUCUAGAACAAUUUCAACGCGUCAAGGAUAAUCCAGAGCCAACAUCAGUGUUUUUCACCUGUAUAGACAGUCGAGUGCUGGCUACAAAGUUUAUGGACAGUCAGGUUGGUGAUAACUUUGUGGUGCGUAGUGCUGGAAACCUUAUUCCUCAUGCGUGUAACUUCAGCUAUGAGAGCGCCACCACGGAGGCUGGAGCUCUAGAGCUAGGAUGUAUAGUGAACGGCGUCAAACAUGUGGUCGUUUGUGGACACUCAGAUUGUAAGGCCAUGAAUCUGCUGUAUUCGAUGAGGAAGGAGGUUGACAAUAAAGAAGGCGGCCCACUCCAGCUUUGGCUUAAACGACACGGCACAGCAAGUCUUGAGAAAUUUAAACUCCUAACACCAGAAAAUGAGUAUAAAGGACCUGUUCCCUAUCAGACUGCUCGCAAGUUUAAUGCAUUCAUCGAUCCUGAAAACCGCUUUAAUUUAGCCGACAAAUUAUCACAGGUGAAUUGCCUACAACAGCUACAGAAUGUAGCCAGCUACCCGUUCCUGAAGGACUUGAUCUCGCGUGAGGAGGUGAAGCUACAUGCCAUGUGGUUUGAUAUCUAUACCGGUGAAGUGUUUAUGUUUAGUCGAAUGCAGCAGAGGUUUAUAGAAAUUAAUGACCAGAAUAUAAACCACCUACUGCACGAUGCCUACCGUAAAGUUGAGAAAAUUCCGAUAACUGAGCAAAGACGAAAGUAGGAACCUGCAAUUUUUUUUUUAGGACCAUAUCAAAUUGUUAUUUUAGAAUAUAUAUUCUAAGUAUACUUGUCUGCAAUAUCAGCAAAACAAACAAAAAAAUAUCAUGAAAAAUACAUGAGAACAAAGUUGAAUCAUACUAAAAGAUAAAUCUGUACAGAAUAGAGCACCAACUGCUGUGAUUUGUUUUCUCAAUAAUUUGUCUCCACCUAUAUGAAGUCUAUUUUGUUGACAACCAACAUAUUCAACCAGGGCUGAUUGAAAGCCAUCUCUUACUGUUUUUUCAGAUCCUUUGUGUAAGACUCUGGUGGAGUCAUGUUAUUGGGAUAUAGAUUCUGGUGUGAUAUACUCUGAAAUACAUUACACUGCAAGGUCAUUUGUGACUUUAGUGCUCUGAUGAAACCCAUACUCCAACAAUGUUAGAGGUUUUACACGGCGAGAUACUUUUGACAGGCGCCAUGUAACGCAGUCGGCAAAAUCAUAUCCGAUAGAAAAAGAGCCGACCAGCGGCCUCUUAUGUUAUAGGAGUAAUGAAACCCAUAGUCCUAAUUUCAGAACAUGGAUUAUCUCCCUUCUUACUUGAAUAAUCUUCACUUUGAUAUUGUUUAGAUUAAUUCAUAUUAUCAGUAAAACAUUGUUUAGAUUGCCUCCAGGAAAGUGUAUAAAUGCAUUUAACUGUCUGCUGCAAUAAUGUGUCACACUGCAGGUGAUGUUAAAAUGAUCGAUGCUCAGCUAAUAUUUUGUUGGAAAUCCAUAUUGCUUGAUGUAUUCUCAAACACAUCCAAGGAGAAAGAGCACAUAUUAAAAUGAUCUAGCUUCAGUUAGAACAUUAAUUGAUAUAGACCUGCUUUAAUUAAAUCAAUACAAUAAAAAAACAUAUUUUAAGUUGCUCUUUCUGAUUGACUAAUUUGAUUUUUAAAAUUGUGAUUUACAAAACAAGUCUUGCAGACAAUUUUGGUAAAAAUUUGGGGUCCAAAAUCAAAUCACCCCUUCCUAGCGAGGGAAGGUUGACAGGUAUGCCUAUUCAUCAUCACACAUGUUUUGCAUCACACCGAUUUCCUACACAUUCAACAAAUAAGACACUUUCAGUUUGGGUAUAUUAAGUACAUGUAUACUUAUAUAUAUGUAUAUACUUUACUAAAUAUCGCUAAUUAAGCAGAAUUAUCAAGAAAUCUUCAAUAUGGAUAUUUAAAUUAAUUAAAGUACAUGUUUAUAUAAUUAACUUAAUAUAUCUAAUAUGAAACAGAAUUGGUGUCAAAUAAUCCGAAUAUUGGUUUCAAGUUUUAGAUCAUGGAAAUUUUAAGUCAAUUUUUCUUUCUGUUUGAUAUAAUUGCAUACACAAAGUUUGUGUAUUAAAACCUGGUAUAAGUUUGUACUGGGCUAGUACAUGUACUUGAAUGUUUGUAUUGAACCAACACAUUUUGUUUUAUUUUGGUUGACAUGACAUGCACCUACACAUCUGUCUAAACGUUCAUUAUUGAUUAAUUAUGACAUGUUUUAUUGAUUGCCAGUAUAAAUAAAUAUGUAUAAUAUAUAAUGAAUGUCUCUAUAAAAUAUUGGUAUAAAGUGUUUCUGUAGAAGUCUGAGUAUAGACUUCUGUCAUUAAAAGCUGAUGUUCAAAAGAUAAAUAUACUCAAGCAGAGAAGUUACAUGCACAUGAUAUAGACAUUUCAUUAACAGCACAUUGUAUUCAUUAUAACUAGUUUUAUAAGUGAUUAAUGCAAUAUUUUACAAUGUAGAAAUGUUGUUAUACAUGUAUAUGCUGCGAAUUUUUAUAGAUGUAAUUAAGAGAUGGACAGCUUCAUAUAUACAAAAUUUUAUUCCUUUCAAUUAAAUACGGGUGCAAUAUACAAUACAUACCAUUACAAAGGAAUUCUCCAUGCAUGCAUCAUAUAAUGUUGCAGCUGAUAUUUGAUCAAAAAGGUAUAUUUAAUUUAGCUAGUAUGUUCAUCUGACACAUACCGAAAUGUACUGCUUCUCUUUUCAGAGCAAACUUUUGCUUUAACCCUUUCACCCCUACUGACCAUAUUGGACUUCAAAUGAUGAAUGAAUGGCAGAGUCCACUAUAGUUUCUUGGGGUUGAAAGGGUUAAGAUGCAUCAAUGUCUAGGACCAUUUCUUGCUCAAAUGAUCAAACUAAGUAUUAUGGUAAUUAAUGACAUGCCAAAACAAUUCCUCUGUAUGUAAGUCAUGGUACCUAGUAAUAUUGUUUGUAAAUGACGAUAUAAAACAUAUCACAAGUGUGGGUAUUAGACAAUACUUCUGGUAUUUUCAAAUGAUGGAGCAAUGCAGUAUUUUGUGGUAGUGACUGUCCCUAAAUAAUAUCAUGUAUAACUUACGUUCUGGUACCAGACAUCAUAUGUUUCAGAAUGGUGUCUUAUUACCUGCUCCUAUCUGAAAAUGUUAAUGAAAACAGUACAGUAUGUCCAUAUAGUGCAAUUAAACAUGUUUACAUGCAAUUGGUAAGCAUAAUGUUAAACCAGGUACAUGUAUAUAUAUAAACUCUGAUUGGCUAUAGGAGAAGGCUUCUAUAAGUUUUAUACAGUAAUUUGUAUUUAUCAAAAUGUCUUCUGACUACUUACAUGUUUACCUAUACCAUCUGGCCCCUUUGGUAUCAAUUUUCCUUAACUUAACGAAAUUCUUUAACUUAAAAUUUAACGUGAUAAAGCAUGAUUGGAUUUAAGGGGAAAACAUUAUAGUUACGGAAAUUUACUGAUAAUUUCCUGUGGACAAUUUGAAGGUAAGAGAUGAAAAUUGUGUCCGAUUGGCAUAACCAUGCAAAUAAAUAUUUAGAUAGCGUUUAAAAAAAACGGAAAAAUUAUUAUCUUUGUGUUGUCCAUUAAUUGUAACAUGAUUAUAGCUAUUACCACAAAUGAAAUAUUGUUUUUUCCCUUUUGGCUGCUGAGAUUCAUUUGAUAAUUGUGUUUCAUGUUUACAUAAUAAAGAAUAUAAUUUUACAUUGAAAAAAACCUAUUUAUUCAGAAAGUCUAGCAUCAAAUUUAUAUUACUGAAAAAAAAUCUAUUGAAAAGAAAAAAGUGUAUAAUUUCCCCUGUAAUUAUUCACAAGCUUGUGUAUGCUUUGAUUGAGUACAGUAUAAUAUGAUGCAAUAUCUUAAAAAGCGUUCCUUUUUAUCAAUAAUACAUGUAGAUCAUUUGAGAUUUUUUUAAAAUGUUUAAGUAUAUAAAUAUGAGUAAGGUAUUAAAUAUUAAAUGAUACAAGCGUGUCAAUAGAAGAACUAAUGGAUCAAACGUUGAACUUGUUGUUGUAUCAUCAUUCAAGUAUUUAAUUUGUAUAGUAGUUUGAUUUCUUGGUGUUAUUUAGUUCUAUGAAAGUUGUACAUAAUAAUUUAGUUUUUAUUUAUUUACAGGUGCAAUAAUAACCAGAUUUGUUGCACUUGACAUUUGUGUAUUACCUUUUAUGUAUUUGCCUUUGUAGCAGGUACAUUGUGUGUUAAAUCGUCACUAUUACAUAUCAUCUGUAGCCGUUUUCACUUACGGUCUGUCUUAUAAAAUUGUUCCAUUGAUUACAACGUGUUUUCAUACACUUCAACUAGUCUGUAGAUGCCUUAGAGGAACCUAUUUUGAAAAUUUACCUUGUUUCUUUUCAUCAAGGUCGAAUACAUUCCUGUCGACUUCUUGGUGCUUGUAGCCAUUCGAUGUGUCGCUUAUAUAUUAAAAAAUAAAUCUGAUAAACCAUCUGA